AUGACAGCAUUAGACUACGAAAAAUUCAGAAAAGUCUUUUAUAGCAUGGAAUCUUCGAAAAAAUGGGAGUUGAGUACUGGUACCAUCGUGGAGAAUAAUUUAUACAAUUUUGGGCCUAUACUUUCUUCAAGUCUCUUUCGCUUAAAAUCUAAGGAAAUUUGUCUUUCGACAAGAAAUGAUGAACCAAGAUUUUGA